AUGUUCCAACCCUACAGCCCCGAUGAAUGGGAACAACUCCGCGAGAAAUACACCCCCGCCCAAAUUAACGCCAUCCAGGCCGCUGAAGAAGCAGUUGACCCUCAAGACCUCGCACAAUCUAAGAUCCGCACGAAUGACCCCUGGGCCAUCGACUACGACGACGAUUUCUCUGCACACCACCCCGUCCUCGACAAACGCGUCAAUCCAUCAGAAGAGACCAAUUAUGACCCCAAGCUAAGAUUCAAGACUGACGAAGAAAUAAAGCAAGAUUUCACCAACUUCAUUGCCAGUUUAGGCAAAGACGAGAAAGACCUGACGGGGCUAGAGUAUCAGCAAUUCAGGGACAACCAACGCAUUAUGGUCGGCAAAGCCCAAGCCGAGCACAACCCCAUCAACUACCUCGCACCCGCGAUCCCGAAGGAGAUCGACGGGCUCGCCGAAAUGGCAACAAUAGAACCCGUAGAUGCAAUACCAGAGGAGGACAGGAUUCUGCUCAGACAAACGGGCUACACUCGAGAAGAGGUUCGGGGAUUGAAGUCAAAGAUACUGGUAACGCAUCGUGUGAUGAACCAGACGCGGCUCGGGAAGAUUCAGAGUAUAUACGUGCUGAUGGUGGUGGGGAACACGAAAGGCCUGGUGGGGAUUGGGGAGGGCAAAACUGCUGACUCGAAGGAUGCGAUCAAGCAGGCGAGGAAUGCGGCGCUUAGGGGCAUGGUGCCGAUUCAGCGGUAUGAAAGAAGGACGAUUUUUGGGGAUGUGAAGGGGAAGGUGGGCGCGACACAGUUGGAGUUGAUGAAUAGACCCCCUGGUAUUCCUCACUCUUGUUACCCUUCCUACUCCUCCCUCCAAACCCCUUCGCCUGGGUGCAUGCACCUCAUCUACGAGAUCUGCAAAUGCGCAGGUAUCGAAGAUCUAGCGGCGCGGGUGACAAGGGCUAGGAAUCCGAUGAAUGUGGUGAAAGCGACUAUGCAGGCGCUGACAAAUCAGCGGACACCGGAUGAGAUGGCCAGGGGCUUGGGCAGGAAAUUGGUCGAUGUGAGGAAGGUGUAUUACGGGGGAGUGGAUAAUUUGCAGGCCCAGAUUACGACAUAA